AUGGUUGCCGUGGCGGCGGAGGUCCCGAUCCGCGGUGCGGACGCCGUGCCGGCGGCGGAGAGGGAAGCGGUGAGGGCGGCGGCUGCGGAGGCGGCGGCGAAGGGCGGUGAGGGGGAAUCGAGGAAGGAGGAGGUGAGGGACUAUGAGAGCGACAUGAGGAAGCUGGAGGAGCUGUUUUCGAAGCUGAACCCCUCGGCGGAGGAGUUCGUGCCGCCGUCGCGCCGCCGCGUGGACGGCGGCGCUCAUCGCCUCUCGGCCGACGCGCCCGUGUUCGUGUCGCCGGCGAUCGACUACUACGCGCGCCACCACCAUCUCCCGCCGCCGCCGCUGCAGCAGCAGCAGCCGAUGCACGUGCUUCAGUUUGUGGGUGGCGUCGGCGGGGGUGGCAUGGGUGGCGGCGUGGGGAGGGACUCCAGCAGCGAUGGAUCCGUCAAUGGUCAGCCGAAUCGACGGAGAAGGAAUGGUUUCAUCCAGGGGAGGAGAAGAAUGAUGGGUGGCCGGCCUCGUCGAGUUGACAGGGAGGAUAGUGUGCGGCGAACAGUCUAUGUUUCUGACAUUGAUCAGCAUGUAACUGAACAGAAACUUGCUGAAGUUUUUUCAACCUGUGGACAGGUGGUAGAUUGCCGUAUCUGUGGUGAUCCUAACUCAGUGCUCCGUUUUGCUUUUAUCGAGUUUGCUGAUGAUGUUGGUGCACAAGCAGCACUAGCACUUGGUGGAACCGUGCUUGGCUUUUAUCCUGUCAAGGUUCUGCCAUCAAAGACAGCAAUUUUACCUGUGAACCCUAAAUUUCUUCCUCGAUCUGAGGAUGAGAAAGAAAUGGUAUCCAGGACUGUGUAUUGUACUAACAUUGACAAGAAGAUUGGAGAAGAUGAAGUGAAGCAAUUCUUCGAGGGAACAUGUGGUGAAGUUUCUCGUCUGAGGCUACUUGGUGAUUAUGUGCACUCCACAUGCAUUGCCUUUGUUGAGUUUGUCCAAGCAGAUAGUGCUAUUCUUGCUCUGAACUGCAGUGGCAUUGUUCUUGGAACGCUUCCUGUUAGGCAAGAACAUAUUUUCUGCAUGUGUUUGAAAGUUCUGGCUGUGGGUGAGCCCAUCAAAGACGCCAGUCCGCCCUCGAUCGCCCCGUGUGACGUCAUACUGAAUUCGGCUCAUCUGAAGCCGUCGUCCAGGGCAGCAAAUUUCUGGGUACUAAACCUUAGUCGUGUGGCCUUAGAGACUGUCGUGUUGCGGAUCAGUAAUUGUUGUUGA